GCGUAGACAGUGCAACACAACCCUAAACGAAUUGUUUUUGAUGAUCAUCAAACUGUCAAGGAAGCGAAAUAUUUUCAUAUAAUUUUUCUGGUGUAAUAUUUUGUUAUCGCUUUGAAGACGCGCAGUUCCCAAUGAUUAAAUAGUCAAACUGUUUAAAUAUUUAGUUAGACACAUCAUCUGCUCGCAUUGACUUACGGCGAAUGCAAUGCAAAUCAAUUCCACAAAUUGAUUGGAAGUGAAGUCAAGCAACAAAAUCGAGAAAAUAAACUGUAAUUCGUACGGGUCAUUGCGAAAAUAAAAUCUCUCUCGUUGCAAUAAAAAUGAAUAAUUAUUCUGAGGACGGAGCACAGAACAACCGAAUGGAGAGACAAACGGAUGAGGGCCGUUGCUGUUGGGUUUGUUUUGCGACAAACGACGAUGACGAAUUGGCGGAAUGGGUACAACCGUGCAAAUGUAGUGGGACGGCUAGAUGGGUGCACCAGCAAUGCCUACAGCGAUGGGUCGAUGAAAAACAGAAAGGGAAUUCAUUUCGACGCGUUAAUUGUCCACAAUGUCAAACAGAAUACAUAAUCGUGUUCCCAGCUAUGGGAACGUUGAUCGGAGUGCUGGAAGGAAUUGAUACCAUGGUCAAAAGAUUGAGUCCAUUCCUUGCGGCCAGUGUCAUGGUCGGAUCACUGUACUGGACAGCGGUGACCUAUGGUGCUGUCACCGUGUUACAAGUGAUUGGACAUAAGGAAGGAUUGCAAAUGAUGGAAAAUUCGGACGCACUUGUUUUGCUAAUUGGAUUACCGGCAAUACCUGUGGCUUUGAUUAUGGGCCGUAUGAUUCGGUGGGAUGAUAUGAUCCUCAGAUUUAUACAAAAUCGGUCUGGAAGCGCUCGAAAGUUUCCGCUGUUAAGUCUGGUGCUACCGUUUCCUGAGGAGAACACGGACGAUACUGUUCCCAACCAAAAUGUUGCUAUCCUAUCAGAUCAACUAUCUGGAACGAGAAUCUUCUGCGGUGCAUUGCUUUUGCCAACAUUUUCGGCAAUAUUCGGUCGGCUCUUCUUCGAAUCAAUACAAAAUAACGUGCACAGAACGCUAAUCGGCGGACUGACGUUCAUUGUCAUCAAGGGAGCCUUCAAAAUCUACUUCAAGCAAAAGCAAUUCGUGCGCCGGCGGCAACGAAAAAUUCUGGAUUACACCGAUGAUAAUUUGAGUCGCUUUUCGCAGCGAGAUAAUCGACCUGCUGCACGUCAACUGGCUGCUGUCGGACAAUUUCUGUAGAUAGGAUUUUUAGUGGAAAUAAUUGAGUUUGGUGAAAUUUUUAACGCUUUUAACCAUCACAUCAUGCCGAAUUGAUUGAUAGAAAGUUCGGACAUUUCACUUUUCUCCCGGUCGGUUUCUAAUUGAUAUCUUUUUUUUUGUUGUCGUUUCGGUUCGAUUUGGAUAAUUACAAUUUGAUGCGUUCACAUGUACAAUACAAAAUGAAAUCAAAAUAAAAUUAUGAAAAAAAAU